AUGUCGAAGAAGAGGAGAAGGAUGAUAGAUAAGAUGAUGAUCUUGCGAGACUUCUGGAGCAAGAAGAAAGAAAUACUGAUAAGAGAAGAGAGAAGGAGAGGAGAGGAAAUAAUAACGGUCAAGAAGAAAAUGAAAAUGAUGAAAAUGGUUAAGAUUAUCUAUAUAACUAUUGUUCAUAAAGUCCAAGAUAAGUAUCAUCUUAUUGAUGAGGAAAUGAAAUGUCUUUUUUUGCGAACUAGAAAUCCGCCUGAUCAUGCGUUUAAUAAAAUAACGCAAAAAAUAUUUGGGCAUGAUGCUUAUCAAAGUAUGGCAAAGUCAAUUAACAAACGUUAUCGUAAAUCAUUCUCUGACUAUCAAUAUCAAUUGAAAAACGUGCUUUCGGUGCUAGUAAAAGAAUUUCAAGAAUUUCAACAAAUGGCUGAAAGUGAAUGUAAUACAGAAAGGUCAAACCCUACCGACGUUGAAGUAAAUAACUUCAUAUCACGUGAAGUCAUUUUAAAAAGAAUCUUAAGUCGACAUGUUUCGGCAAUCGACUUCACGAAGUUAUCUGAAACCUCUCUAGAGAAGUUAGUAGAAUUUUCCAGAAAAGGUUUCAAGAUAGUGUGGUCUGAAACAGAUAUUAGUAUCGUUAGAAAAAAAAUUAAAGAAUUAGACAUCAUUACGGAAGGGUUAGAAAUUCCUUUUCGUAGCAGAAGAAACAUUGCAAGUUCUUUAAAACUAUGA